AUGCCGAAAAAGGACGACUCCCAGGCGAAAGGGUCGAAGCGGAAGCGCGAGGAGCCAGAAGAGGAGACCGCCGCAAGCUCAAAAAAGGCAUGUAAAGUGUAUCUGCAAGGUGUGCCGCGGCUCUGUCAGGCGGCCACCAUCAAAGAGCGCUUUGCCAAAUAUGGCAGCGUUCUGGAUGUUGAAAUUCCAGCCAUCCGGCGCAACAAGACGAAGCGCAUCGCUUUCGUAACCUUCGCCAAAAAGUCUGAAGCCAAGGCAGCCUUAGAAGAGGAUGAAGCAGAGUUUGAAGGCUCCACUUUGAAGGUGCAGCUCAGUGGAGUGCCAAAAAGUUCCGUCGGCUCGCUUCCGUCGGCUGAAGAGGCCGCAGCGACCUCAACGAAGGUCUUUGUUGCAGGCUUUGGCAGCCGCAGCGCCGACGAAGUCUCGGCAUAUUUCAGCAAGAAGUGCGGCAGCGUGCAGUCACUGACUAUGCCAGAGUCCGCGAAAACCAAAGGUCGUUCUCGCGGUUUUGUCAUUUUGGAGUUUUCCAAAAAAGCUCAUGCAGCUGCAGCUGUCGAGCUGAACGAAACAAAGUGGAAAGGUCAGACACUUGCAGUAAAGUCGUACACCUCAAGUGCCACAGAUGAAAAGGUAAAGAAAAAGGCCGCAGCAAAGAAAAGCGCACGUGAGAAAAGGGAACAAGCUAAGCAUGAGUUCCGGGUCUUCAUCCAAGGCUUCCCAAAAGGAGUCUCUGAGAAGAGCCUGAAGGAACACUUCGAACCAUGUGGCGAGAUUCGACAAGUCACGAUGCCCAAGAAGAAGGAUGGAGCGCUGCGGGGUGUGGCCUUUGUUAGCUUUGCUUCAAAGGACCAGCGGCAUGGACCUUCCAUGAUUGGUUGA